AUGCUUAACGUCAACGAGGACUUGAUCGUGGCGGCAGCCGAGAGCCAAGCGGAAGGAGACGUAGAAGGACUCGUAGCCUACCAGCACAUUUUGCAUCGAGACCUGAUGGAGAUGGCCGAGUUCAUCGACUCCAUAUUUGGCAAAGCGGAACGUGGUACAUUGCUUACAGCUAUCGAGGCGGGCGAGAAGAUUCGCGAAAUCCAACGAUCGAAGGAGCAAUGGAUCAAGUCCCGGCAUCAAGUGCUGGAAGAGGAAGGCGUCAGUGCAAUCAUGAGCGAGAACGCAAACAGCAUGUUGGAAGUCACAAGUGCACAGUCAGAAGCACAACAAGUAGGGAGUGGAGGUUUAGCGCUGGCGAAUCAGUUGCGUGCGCACCAGCAUAUUGCUGCGUUCUUGCAAGCCUCGCAAGGUGGCUCUGCACCAGGAUCUGUUCCUCCAACGGCGCCUAUGAACUUACUGCUUGCAGCCCAGUUAGCAAUGCCUUCAACCACAUCACCUUUAGCAGUACCGAUUCCAACUUCGCACGUAUCGCCUAUUUCGAUGGCUACUUUUACGCCGAUUAAGCCAGCCACAGUCGGGAACAACGUCUCCAAGAUUGCUCUACCUCCAGCUCACUCCAUGUUCAACAUGCUCUUAGCGUUUCCUGGAGUUCCGCCACUGAUGUUUAAUCCUCAAGCUAUCGGAGGGCAGAUGCCAAUGGCGCAGUGGCAGCCACAGUUGCGGACUGAUUUACCAGCUCGUAGUGUAGUACCCGUUCGUCGUCCAGCUAAAACGCCAGAGUUUCAACGAAUGUGUGAAUCGUGUCGUAAGCGGCAUUUUAGUGUAAGGCAAUGCCGUCUCGUGCUUCAACACAGAGAUCCUGAAUGGCAACCGGCACAACCGGCAGCAGCAGUUAGACGGCGGAGGCGUAAGCAACCCGCUGCGAAUAUUACAACGUACUAG